AUGGUGCAGAUGGAGACGCAGCUCCAGAGCAUUUUUGAGGAGGUGGUGAAAACGGAGAUUAUAGAAGAGGCUUUCCCUGGAAUGUUUAUGGACACGCCCGAAGAUGAGAAAACGAAACUCAUUAGCUGUUUGGGAGCCUUCCGACAGUUUUGGGGUGGCCUUCCUCUGGAAUCUCAUUUACAGUGUAUCCAGUGGAUUGUUAAAUUCAUUCAUGGCCAGCAUAGUCCUAAAAGAAUUUCUUUUCUUUAUGACUGCUUAGCAAUGGCAGUUGAGACUGGUCUCCUUCCACCCAGAAUGGUGUGUGAAUCCCUGAUAAACACUGAUACUCUUGAAUGGGAAAGAACACAACUUUGGGCCCUAACUUUUAAACUGGUUCGGAAAAUAAUUGGUGGAGUGGAUUAUAAGGGUGUUCGAGAUCUCUUAAAAGUGAUUUUGGAGAAAAUCUUGACAAUUCCCAAUACAGUGAGCUCAGCUGUUGUACAACAGCUUCUAACAGCAAGAGAGGUGAUAGCAUAUAUCUUGGAAAGAAAUGCCUGUUUAUUACCAGCGUAUUUUGCAGUCACAGAGAUCAGAAAACUGUAUCCUGAGGGAAAACUUCCACAUUGGUUACUUGGAAACCUAGUAUCAGACUUUGUGGAUACCUUCAGGCCCACAGCAAGGAUAAACUCCAUUUGUGGCCGUUGCAGCCUUCUGCCAGUUGUAAAUAACUCAGGCGCCAUGUGUAAUUCAUGGAAAUUGGAUCCUACAACUCUUCGUUUUCCUUUGAAAGGCCUUCUGCCAUAUGAUAAGGAUCUGUUUGAACCACAGACUGCUUUGUUGAGAUAUGUAUUGGAGCAGCCUUAUUCCAGGGAUAUGGUCUGCAAUAUGCUAGGUUUAAAUAAGCAGACCUUGAACAUUGCUCAGCACAAGCAGCGCUGCCCUGUGCUGGAGGACCAGCUGGUGGAUCUGGUGGUCUAUGCCAUGGAGCGAUCCGAGACGGAGGAGAAGUUUGAUGAUGGGGGAACAAGCCAACUCCUGUGGCAGCAUCUCUCAAGUCAGCUCAUUUUCUUUGUGCUUUUCCAGUUUGCAAGUUUUCCACAUAUGGUCCUUUCUCUUCAUCAGAAGUUAGCAGGGCGAGGACUGAUCAAAGGCAGAGAUCAUCUGAUGUGGGUUCUCCUGCAAUUCAUUUCUGGAAGUAUUCAGAAAAAUGCACUAGCUGAUUUUCUCCCUGUCAUGAAACUCUUUGACCUUCUGUACCCAGAAAAAGAAUGUAUCCCAGUUCCUGAUAUUAACAAGCCUCAGUCAACUCAUGCCUUUGCAAUGACUUGCAUUUGGAUUCAUCUUAAUAGAAAAGCCCAAAAUGACAACUCCAAACUACAGAUUCCAAUACCUCAUUCCCUAAACCUUCACCAUGAAUUCCUACAGCAGAGUCUUAGAAAUAAAAGUUUACAGAUGAAUGAUUAUAAGAUUGCCCUGCUGUGUAAUGCCUACUCUACAAAUUCAGAAUGUUUUACAUUACCCAUGGGAGCUCUCGUAGAAACUAUUUAUGGAAAUGGGAUUAUGAGGAUACCUCUUCCUGGAACGAGCUGUUUGGCUUCAGCAUCUAUUACUCCCUUACCAAUGAACCUCCUGGAUUCACUGACAGUUCAUGCCAAAAUGAGCCUUAUCCACAGCAUUGCUACCAGAGUGAUAAAACUUGCUCAUGCAAAGUCCAGUGUGGCCUUGGCUCCAGCCCUGGUGGAAACUUACAGUCGUCUAUUGGUCUAUAUGGAAAUAGAGUCUUUGGGCAUCAAAGGAUUUAUCAGUCAGCUUUUGCCAACCGUUUUCAAGUCUCACGCCUGGGGGAUCUUACACACACUUCUUGAGAUGUUCAGCUACCGGAUGCACCACAUUCAGCCUCAUUACAGAGUUCAGCUCUUGAGUCAUCUUCAUACUUUGGCUGCAGUUGCACAAACAAAUCAGAACCAGCUCCAUCUCUGUGUUGAGAGCACUGCACUUAGGCUUAUAACAGCCUUAGGUAGCUCCGAGUUACAGCCACAGUUCACACGCUUCCUUAAUGACCCCAAAACAGUGCUGUCCGCGGAAUCCGAAGAACUGAACCGAGCAUUGAUAUUGACCUUAGCUAGAGCAACUCACGUGACAGAUUUUUUUACAGGCUCUGACUCAAUUCAGGGAACUUGGUGUAAAGACAUACUUCAGACCAUUAUGAGUUUUACUCCUCAUAAUUGGGCUUCACAUACUCUUAGCUGUUUUCCAGGCCCUCUACAGGCAUUCUUCAAACAAAAUAAUGUACCUCAGGAAAGCCGUUUUAAUCUGAAAAAAAAUGUGGAGGAGGAGUAUAGGAAGUGGAAGUCAAUGAGCAAUGAAAAUAACAUCAUUGCCCACUUUUCUAAUCAAGGCUCUCCCCUCUUCCUUUGUCUUCUCUGGAAAAUGCUCUUGGAAACAGACCAUAUUAAUCAGAUUGGUUACAGAGUAUUAGAAAGAAUUGGAGCCAGGGCCUUGGUGGCUCAUGUGAGAACCUUUGCAGAUUUCCUGGUAUAUGAGUUCUCUACAUCAGCUGGGGGGCAGCAACUCAACAAAUGCAUUGAAAUUCUUAAUGACAUGGUAUGGAAGUACAAUAUUGUUACAUUGGACAGAUUAAUUCUCUGCCUGGCCAUGCGUAGCCAUGAAGGAAAUGAAGCCCAGGUUUGUUAUUUCAUAAUUCAGUUGCUGUUACUCAAACCAAAUGAUUUUCGAAACCGAGUAAGUGACUUUGUGAAGGAAAAUUCCCCAGAGCACUGGCUGCAGAACGACUGGCACACCAAGCACAUGAAUUACCACAAGAAAUAUCCUGAGAAGCUGUAUUUUGAGGGCCUGGCGGAGCAGGUCGAUCCUCCCGUGCAGAUCCAGUCACCCUAUCUGCCCAUCUAUUUUGGCAACGUGUGUCUUCGAUUCCUUCCUGUAUUUGAUAUAGUAAUCCACAGGUUUUUAGAGUUGCUUCCCGUCUCCAAAUCACUGGAGACUCUCCUAGAUCACCUAGGAGGGCUGUAUAAAUUUCAUGAUCGUCCGGUGACUUAUUUGUAUAAUACUCUGCACUAUUAUGAAAUGCACCUGAGAGAUCGUGCAUUUCUCAAACGAAAACUUGUUCACGCAAUCAUCGGCUCUCUCAAGGAUAAUCGACCACAGGGCUGGUGUCUAAGUGACACGUACCUGAAGUGUGCUAUGAAUGCCCGAGAAGACAAUCCUUGGGUCCCAGAUGACUCCUAUUAUUGCAGACUGAUUGGUCGACUAGUGGAUAAUAUCCUUUUUAUGGUGAUUUUCCAGGUUCUGUAG